AUGAUUAGAAAACUUUUUAUUACCCUCCUUUUGCUUCUUCUGUCUUUGACUGAAGCAAGGAAGUCAUUUCGAAGUUUUCCGACUAUAGAGAAGACUGAAAUACUAUUUUUCCCAAAGACUGAAGAAAUCAUUAUGGUAAGGUCAAGCUACAACGAAAUACAACCUAACUUCAAAUUAGAAGAUCCUAACAUGCUGCAAGUAGUGGAUGUGACCAAGACCUCAUCGGACAUUACCAUCUUUAGCAUAAAGCUGGUGACAGAUGAAGAAGGGGAAACGAAUUUGACCAUUCAACUCUGGGAUUCUGAAGGUAGGCAGGAAAGACUCAUUGAAGAAAUAAAGAAUGUCAGAGUCAAAGUGCUCAAACAAACAAAAGACAGUCUUUUCCAGGCAUCAAUGCAUAUUGACAGAAAUAUCCUGAUGCUUAUUUUACCAGUUGUACUGUUAAAUAAAUGUGCGUUCGGUUGCAAGAUUGAAUUACAGGUUCCCACAGUGUGGAAACAACCUUUGCUGAUAAUUCUUGGGUCAGUUACACAGUUUUUUCUUAUGCCAUUUUGUGGAUUUCUUUUGUCUCAGGUUUUGGCAUUGCCUAAAGCACAAGUUUUUGGCUUUGUAAUGACCUGCACAUGCCCAGGAGGGGGUGGGGGAUAUCUCUUUUCUCUGCUUCUAGAAGGAGAUGUCACUUUGGCCAUUUUGAUGACUUGCACAUCAACAUUAUUGGCCCUGAUAUUGAUGCCUGUCAAUUGUUAUAUAUACAGUAAGAUAUUAGGGUUAUCGGGUACAUUUCAUAGUCCUGUUUCGAAAAUUGUGUCCACCCUACUUUUCAUACUUACACCAGUAUCAGUUGGAAUAGUCAUCAAACAUACAAUACCUGAAAAAGCAAAAUUCUUAGAGAGAAUAAUUAGACCUCUAAGUUUUAUUUUAAUGUUUACAGGGAUUUAUUUGACUUUCAGAAUGGGAUUAAUGUUCCUAAGGACAGCUAAUGUGGGGGUGCUUCUGUUGGGUCUCUUAGUUCCUGCUUUGGGUUUGUUGUUUGGGUACUCCUUUGCUAAAGUAUGUAUGUUGCCUCUUCCUGUUUGUAAAACAGUUGCUAUUGAAAGUGGGACCUUAAAUAGUUUCUCAGCCCUCGCCAUCAUUCAGCUCUCUUUUUCACAGUCCAAGGCAUAGUUAGCCUCUGUGGCUCCUUUUAUAGUAGCCAUGUGUUCUGGAUGUGAAAUGUUACUGAUCUUUCUGGUCUACAAUGCUAAGAGAUAUAUUGCAGAUGAUAAAAGAAAAAAGUACUCCCUAUUGUAACAUUUAAAAAAUUACUGAAUUCUGGGCGGCGCCUGUGGCUCAGUCGGUAAGGCGCUGGCCCCAUAUACCAAGGGUGGCGGGUUCAAACCCAGCUCCGGCUGAACUGCAACCAAAAAAUAGCCGGGCGUUGUGGCGGGCGCCUGUAGUCCCAGCUACUCGGGAGGCUGAGGCAGGAGAAUCGCUUAAGCCCAGGAGUUGGAAGUUGCUGUGAGCUGUGUGAUGCCAUUGCACUCUACGGAGGGCCAUAAAGUGAGACUCUGUCUCUACAAAAAAAAAAAAAAAAAUUACUGAAUUCUCACUCUGGGAGAGGCACUGUGGGAGAUUCAAAGAUCAAAGAUUCAAAGAUUCAAAGCAAAAUACUAUUUUCUCAAAAGCCUCUUCCUAUUGGAGAAGAAAAGAAUAUAUGUUCAUAUUUGUUAAUCUCCCAAUGGCACAAAAAGUAAAAUACUACACACUAGUAUUGAGGAAGGAGAUAGUUUUUCAAUUGUGUUGGUUUGAGGAAAGUUUUAUAGUGUGAUGUGACUAUGAUACUUUAUUUCUGUCUGUUGAAUGAGAAAAGCACUAGAAAACUGCUCCUGCAAUGAUUACAAUGUCUCCUAUUUUAGAAAGGAUAUAUACAUAGUAGACAUUUGGCAAAUGAUCACUUAGUGAAUGAAUAUAUAAAUUCUUAUUUUAAUUUGUCAUUGGCUCAUCAAAAUCAAUAUGUCUUAAAGUAUAUGUCACAAUGUCUUCUCUGAGUUGCACUUUCUCCCGUCUUCCACAUCUCCCACCAAAAGCAUUACCUUUUAUCCUAAACACAGUCAGCUCUUCUUCUUCCUUUUGUCCAUGUUUUUUAAUAGUCAACCUAUUUCCAAUGGAAAAUGUGCUAUAAUAUCCUCUGAUAGGUCUCCUCUCCAUUCCCAGCGCUAUCCCUUUUGUUCUGCACUGUAAUGCUUCUUUCCUAACCCUUCUUAAACUGGCUUCUGGCCUCCAAGCACUGCCAAUUAAUCUUCCCCAAAUCUAACUUUGACCAUGUGAUUUCCCUGCAAUGAAACAUUAUGGCCUUUCAGAUAAGGUUUGUAUUCUUAGUGAGGCAUUUAUUACACUCUACUUUCUGACCUUAAUCUAGCUUCCCAGUUUCUUCUCCUCUCCCUCUUCUUUACACACAGACUACGUUACAAUCAAGCAGCCUGACUUGGUACGUCAUGAAUGCGCCCUUGUUCAUGCCAGCCACUGGGCUUGUUUUGUAACUGUUUUUGUUCCUGUUGUACCCUUCAAAUGCUGUAAAUCCUAGGAACAGAAAGUAUGUUUUUUCAUUCUAUUACCUUCCAUCAAGUCUAGCACAAUAUUUUCUAUGUGCUUAUUCAAAUACAGUGUUGAAGCACAGACAAGGGCCCAAAUGAAUAGUAUGUUUUUAUACUACUUUUAAAUUUUUAAUGGAAACUUUUAAUAUGUAGUUCCCAUCUGCACUCUUCUAGAAAUAAGGUAUAGGCAUCAAGAACAGGAACUACCACUCUAAAAAAUUUUGCUUUUUCUAUUUCCUAGCUUUAGGCUUGUGGAAAUUCCUUAAGCUCCUCACAGUUCAGUUUCCUCAUUUCAGAAAUGGAGAUGACGGUAACACCUCCAUCAGACUGUCCUGGGAAUUAUAUAAAAUCAUCCAUGCAAUGUGCUUAGACGAAUGUCUGACACAUAGUAAGUGCACAGGGCUAGCUACUAUAGUUAUUUUAUCCGAGUUUUAACUUUCAAAACUGAGAUAGCUGCUGCUGGUUUGAAAUGCCAAUAUCAUAACUGUGUAUGGAGCCUAAUACUGUCAACAGUUUCCUACUUGGGUUAUUCAGGGAAUGUCUUUCUUCUUUAACAACUCAUAAUAUAACCAAGUUUCUUUUUGUCUGAUGUCACCAAAACCAAUAUAUGAAUAUCAAGAUUUAUAAAGGAUUUGUAUGGCAUGAUGAUAGAUAGUUGUUUGAUUUAUAAAAUAAUUGCCUAUGUGGUAUAUUUUAUGCUUUUGAACAAAAAUCUCCACUUAGAAGUUUAAAACAGAAUCAAAUUUGUACAAGCUUAAUUUACAUACAUGUUAAUAAACAUAUUUUAGUAGUUGAGGGACAGGAGACGUACCUUUCUGUUGGACAUAUUAAGCUUGUGAUCUCGAACAAAACACUUACCUGCACUUCAGUUUUAAAAUCUGUAAAAUAAAAAGCUUUAAUUGAGGUUUGAGAUUUUGCUCACUGUUCUAAGGCUGUUAUUCUGGUAUAAAAAUCUAGGCCCUAGUACCAUGGACAAGAGGGUGGGGAAAAGUGAGGAAGGUUCAGAUUGAUGAGAAUAAUCAUACUGUUUUCGCUUU